AUCAUAAACAUUUUGUGCAUUGCACUAGAUCAAACACUUGAUAAAAUUCCACUCUCUCUUAUUUUCCUCUAAACCUCCACCACCGCCACCCCACUACCACCACAACAAACGUACUCGUCUACUGCUCACCGCCGUAAUUUCACUCUCUCUCCUCAAACUCUAUAUCACGCAGAGUUAGGGUUGAGAAGUAAGUGAUGUUAGUGAGGUGGCCGAGACUUCUUAAUCCGACUCAGCUCGGGCAGAUUAUAAGACAACAGAAAAACCCAUUUACUGCUUUGAAAAUAUUUAAUGAAGCCAAAUCGAAAUAUCCGAAUUAUCGCCACAAUGGUGUUGUCUAUGCCACCAUGAUUAACAUACUAGGGAGCGCAAGUCGUUUUGAUGAGAUGAAGCAAGUUAUUGAACAGAUGAAAGAUGACUCGUGUGAGUGUAAAGAUGGAGUGUUUGCAGGUAUAUUUAAGACCUAUGCAAAAGCCGGGUUGCUUGAUGAUGCUGUCUCUUUGUUCAGAGCCCUUCCUGAAUUCAAUUGUGUGAGUAGGACUGCGUCUUUUAAUACCCUUUUACAGGUAAUGGUAAGAGAGUCGAGACUUGAAGAUUUUUAUCGGCUAUUUAAGGAAAAUUCUUGUGGGUGGGCGGUGAAGUCUAAGAUUGGUUCGCUCAACUUGCUAAUGGAUGCUCUAUGUCAGAUAAAACGCUCUGACUUAGCAUUACAGGUUUUCCAGGAGAUGAACUAUCAUUGCUGCUAUCCUAACAGAGAAAGUUAUAGGAUUCUAAUGAAAGGCCUUUGUCAAGAUGGAAGGCUAAAUGAGGCUACUCAUUUGCUGUAUUCUAUGUUGUGGAGGAUUUCUCAGAAAGGGUGUGGGGAAGAUAUUGUAAUAUAUAGAAUUCUGUUAGAUAGUUUAUGCGAUAACAAACAGAUUAAUGAGGCUCUCGAAAUUCUUAGGAAAGUUUUGAGGAAGGGCCUCAAGGCUCCCAAGAGUCGGAGCAAGCUCACGGAUCUUAGCCAAGUUCGUGAUACAGAAGAUGUAGAACUAGCUAAACUUUUGAUCAAUGAAGCUCUGAUAAAAGGUGCCGUACCCAGUUCUGCUAGCUACACUGCUAUGCUUACCGAUCUCUUCUCAGAAGGUAAAAUUUGUGAGGCAAAUAAAGUGCUUGAAAAAAUGCGCGAAAAGGGUUUCCAGCCAUCACUGAAGAUAUAUGUGUCAAAGGUAUCAGCAUUGUGCACCGCUGGUAAGGUCGAUGAAGCAGGAAAGGUAAUAGAAGAGGAAAUGUUGAAGAAAGAUUGUGUGCCGAAUUCUCAGGUCUACAAGAUCGUUAUAAAAGGGUUUUGUGAUGAGGGUGAGUUGGAUUUGGCAAUUAAGUUUCUUGAAAAGAUGGAUAGGCAAAAAGGUUGCUCACCGGACAAGGAGACUUACAGUGUUAUCAUUGAUAGACUGUGUCGAGAUGGAAAGUUUGUUGAAGCCAGUAAGAUUAUGGAACAGAUGUUGAGCAAAUCCUUUUGGCCUGAAUCAUACACUUUUAAUGUUGUUAUUAGAGGUCUUUGCUCAAAAGACAGAGUAUAUGAGGCUGUAAUGUGGUUGGAAGAGAUGAUUAGUCAAGGUAAGGUGCCAGAGUCUUGUAUAUGGAGAGUAUUAGUAGCUUCAGCUAGUUAUAACGUGCAAGAGAUUCGUGAUUGUACUGAAUUACUGGAUUAUCUAAGAACUUAAUUUCAUCCCAUAUGAUAAGAUUAAGUUAUGUAGGUAAUGCUU